AUGUCAAUGGCUGCUCGUCUCCGCUCGUUUGUCAACAGCCCCACGGGGCCCAGGACAACGCACUUUUGGGGCCCUGUCGCCAACUGGGGGUUCGUGCUCGCCGCCAUGGCCGACAUGCGAAAACCUGCAGAUGUGAUCUCCAUCAACAUGACGUCCGCGCUGUCGAUCUACAGCCUCGUCUUCAUGCGCUUUGCGUGGAUGGUCCAGCCACGCAAUUACCUGCUACUGGCGUGCCACGCCUCGAACGAAGCGGCACAGCUGUAUCAAUUGCAACGUGGUCUGCGCUUUCGAGCCAGCAAGAAGAAGGCUGCCGAGACGCAGGAGGAGAGUAAGCCGUAG